GUCAUUCUGUUUUUCAUAUCAUCAUUGGUCACACGAUUAUAUCAAUGGUCGCAACAAUACUUAGUUGAAACAAUGUCUAAGAUGGAAAAUAAAGGAGCUAUCAUCGCUCUGCUUUUCUUUUUGGAGUUUACAUGUUCUUUUGGCGUCGAACCUCUACGAACUCGUCUUGUGGGCGGGAGCGGUCCUCAUGAAGGCCGGGUCGAAGUCCUCUACGAUGGCGCAUGGGGUACGGUGUGCGAUGACGGCUGGGAUAUCAACGAUGCCGACGUGGUAUGUCGAAGUUUAGGCUUUUCACGGGCUUUGACAUUCAACCACCGGUCUGCCUUCGGACAUGGCGAAGGAAGGAUAGCUCUAUCCAAUGUCCGUUGUGCGGGUACCGAACUCAACAUUGUUUAUUGCUCUCAGGAGAACUCAGUUAAUACGUGUACCCAUCUAGAAGACGCCGGAGUGGUCUGCAAGGGAGCAGAUCCCUUACCUACCCGUCUUGUUGGUGGAAGUGGCUCCAAUGAGGGUCGGGUCGAAGUCUUCUAUGAUGGCGGGUGGGGUACCGUUUGUGAUGACCAAUGGGACAUCGAAGAUGCCCAUGUGGUGUGCCGAUCAUUAGGAUACGCAAGAGCUUCGGCUUCUAACGGGAGUGCAGCAUUCGGACAAGGGACUGGUGAUAUCAUCCUGGAUGACGUGCUCUGCACUGGGUCAGAACCGAACAUCGCAUUUUGCCAGUACUAUCAGGACGGUUACAAAUCACAUAAUUGCGGACAUCAUGAAGAUGCAGGUGUUGUGUGCGAAGGGAUUGUGUCAGCUCGUUUAAGAGGUGGUGGUAGCGAAAGAGAGGGUCGAGUGGAAGUGCUCUAUAACGGCGAAUGGGGAACCGUUUGCGAUGACCAGUUCGAUCAGAGUGACGCCCACGUCGUGUGUAGGAUGCUUGGAUUCUCACAUGCAGAGUCGCUCUCUCUUGAGUUUGGGCCAGGCAGCGGGGCCAUCGCGGUGGAUGAUCUACAAUGCAAGGGUACAGAGAGGAACAUUCAGGAAUGUCGUCGAAAGACUGACGGACACAACUGCGGUCACGAUGAAGAUAUAGGAGUCACAUGUGUCGAACUACCCGUCCGCCUGGUAGGUUCUUCAAGUCCUAACCAAGGUCGCGUUCAGCUCUACCAUGAAGGUUCCUGGGGAUCAAUCUGUGAUGACAGAUGGGACAUCAAUGACGCCAUGGUCGUUUGCCAUAUGCUGGGAUAUCAAAGUGCCUCCGAAGCCCUCACUGCCAAUCCUUUUCCUGAACGGGGUGAUGAUCCUGCAGGAGGAGUUCUUUUGGAUCAAGUUCAGUGUGAAGGUGAUGAGACGCACAUCGGUCGUUGUCAGCAUAGAGGAUUCCGUCCAGAGGGCUGUGACCACGAUGAAGACGCGGGGGUCGUCUGUGAUGGGAAAAGUGAUUUCAGGGUCCGUUUGGUAGGUGGGCCAGAUGAAGCACAGGGACGUGUUGAACUUUUCUACUUCGGAGCAUGGGGUACAGCUUGUCAUCUCAACUGGACCUCGGCUGAUUCUAGGGUUGUAUGUAAGAUGCUGGGAUACCCGGAUGUUUUAGACACUGCUUACCACUCUGCAUACGGUCCAGGAAGCGGCAGUGUUCUCCUCAGACAACCUAGAUGCUCAGGAAAAGAAUCAACCCUUAUGGACUGCCGCCAAGCUUAUCCACUGGGCAUCACGGAAUGUGACCACACAAUGGAUAUAGGGGUUACAUGCUUAAGACCGAAUGCCCUCCAGGUUCGUUUGGUUGGAUCGCAAUCUCGUAACGAGGGUCGCGUUGAGGUGAAGUACCAGGACUCUUGGGGAACGGUAUGCGAUGAUCACUUCGACCUGAACGAUGCCAACGUUGUCUGCAGAAUGCUAGGCUAUCAGAGGGCAACCAAUGUCUCAUGCUGCGGGGCUUUCGGGCAAGGUUCCGGUGGCAUCGCGUUGGAUGAGGUGGACUGUAAGGGUACAGAAUCGAACCUCGGGGAGUGCAUGAGGAAUGUUCUAGGGGUGCAUGACUGCACCCAUUCGGAGGAUGUCGGGGUCACCUGCAUCGGAAUGGCACCGCUGGAAUCAAAGAGUGACUCAUCAGAAAUACCACUCAAAACAACUUUGACAUACGGUAUGCUAGGAGGCCUGAGUAUCCUGUUGGUCAUCUUCCUCCUGUUCUCCACUUUCCUGGUCAAUAAGGUGAAAGUUUACAGGGACAAGUCCUUACGACGCCCUCAACGUUGGCGUCCUGUCCAACCUCGUCCAGCAAGUCAUGUGUUGAAGACCAACCACUACGGGAGCUACGCCCAGCCAGCCAAGACUCCUGCGGGAUUGUACCCAAGUCUCUCCAUCAUUAAAGCGUCACCUGGCAAAGGAACUGUGAAGGCAAAUGAGAAAGGAAAGACUGGAAGUACGGGAAAGGUCAAGCCAAAUGAUGGGAAAGGGUCUAAGGGUUCUGGACCCGAUAAACCAGUUGUAGUAGUGGUUAAUGACUCAAAGAAGGGGAUGCUGACCUCUUUUGUUGAUAAGCUAAAGUUAAGUCGCUAGGCUGUUGAAACGAAUGAUAGUUAAUCUGUUUCGGUUUGCCAUCGAAUUCAAAUGAUAAUGUACACUUGUAAUGAUCAUAAUGUACUCUAUAAUAUAGAUAAUCGAUUAUUAUUUUUAGGGGGGUUCGAGUUGUUCCUGAUGCAUGCAGGGCGAAUUGCUAAAAGGGAUCAUACAUUGACGAAAAAUUAUAUUGCUGAGUCAGGGAGGAAGUUUGCGAUCAUGUGAUCCAAAAGUAGAGAACAUGGUUACCAUCCAUUACCAACAGGUGACUUCCCUGUUGAGAGAGUCUGUCAUCAGGUAGUCAUAUUGCCACUACUCCGUCUUGAAAAGGGUGGUGCCAAGCGUCAUCGCUGGCUUCUACAAGACAGCAUCCAAUGAAUGAAAAGUAUCGUGAGUUCCAGAGUCAAUUUUUCAUGAUGAAUAGGCCUACAUAAAAGGGAGACAAUCCAAAACUCUCCACAUUAUUUUGAUCACUUCGUCGUGACGCAGCAGCAACUACGCCAUCUACGACGAAGGACUGAUCAAGCUUGCAGUCUUGAAGGAAAAUCCUAAGAGUCAUUUAUUUUCUCAUUGCGUAAAACACUUGUAGGAAGUUAAAUUUCAUGAAACAAGUUUCAUUAACGAUUGGAAGAAACCCAAUUUAACUAUUUUGUGGUUGUAUGAUCAUGAUUAUCGGAAACUAUCUUGGAAAUUGUACAUUUGAGAAACACUAAUUAUCAUUAGCACGCAGUUGCAAGUAUAGAGCACAUAGGCCAUAUGCAUGUGUUUAUUUUAAUUGUGUUUUCUUUUUAUUAAAUAAACACGCAAAGAAAUUGAAUUUAUUUCUACUUCUGAAGUGGAGUUUUAAUUUUUACAUAGAAUUACAUUCAUAAUAAUCCAGUUUAUUUUUAGAUCGAGUAGGCCCAGGCGAGAUUAAAAUAUAUUAGAGAAACGUGCACUGUGAAAAUUAGACAAUCAUGUAUAAAUGAGUGGAAGAACCUCAAGAGAAGUUGAACUAUUUACACAGAUUUCGUUUAGAGGGUAUCAGACAACUGUAAGAAUAGUGUUAUUAUUUAGAAAAAAAUGAGGAAAAGAAAAAGAAUUGUUAUUUGUUUAAACAGUGUUCCUCCUUCCCUCAUUGACACGCGGACGUUAAUAUGACCUACACCACCCCCUCCCGUAUAUAGCAACAGGGUAAUGUGUCUUAAUAAGAAGUGUUACACCAAAGAAACUGACCCCGAACCGACCGAUGGUUUGCCAUUGGAAAUAACGUAAUAUGGUGUGGUCUGUUCGGGGUCGGUUUCACAAGUGAGAAAGUGUCAUGCGGUAGCCAUAUAGAAGGAAACUUGUGCGAUACGGUUUAGGUGUCGUUUCUUGUAACACGUUUAAUAGUUUAUUUUAAAUAAAUGAGGUAAUAUAUUGCACAUUUUGGUUAAGUAUAGUAGAUUAGCGUGAUUAGGUCUAUGUAACAUUAGCGUUAUCAUAAUAUUCUAAGUAAGUUGGAUUUUAUCUUUUAUUUUGCUGUAUCUAUCCCAUGAGUAUAGUAGACGGAAAAAAUGAUUAGUCUUAUUUGAAAAUAUAAUCUUGUCAUAUGACUUAUUGCCAGGUUGUAUGGAUAAAAUAAAAAUAACCGGCGUGAUAUUUUGUAUUUAUUACUUUGUAUUGUUGUUCAAUUUGAAACUUUAUCAUUAACGUUAAGGAAUGCUCACCAUAUUCAUUGACUAAAAUGAAUGCUUUAAUUAAUUUGCUUUAUCACAUUUAUUUUUGGGAUAAUCAAAGCAUUCAUUUUCAGUUUUUGUCAAAUAAGCCAGUUUCUUCAUUAAUUAACAUUUUCAGUGUAGUGACUUGUACGGUUUUGUUGAUUUAGUUUAAUCACCCCAUUGCUUACAAACUAUCUUAAAGGCUCAAGGUAGAAUAUUUUUUUAAAUACUUCUCUUCCUUUGCUUUGCAGGAAUUUUCCUCUGUGUGAUAUUUUUGUUUGCCGAAUAAAUGACAAUGAU